AGGAAAGACGGGUUCCCUGGAAACUCAAGCCAGAAGGGUGACCAGGGUGUUUCUGGUUCACCAGGUCUGGAUGGUAUUCCUGGACAGAAGGGGGAGGCAGGAUCAAACGGGUCUAAGGGGAUCGAUGGAGCAAUGGGUGAGAAGGGACCAGCUGGGGAGCCUGGUGCAGAGGGGAAACCUGGGAUAAAUGGUUUGAAAGGAGACUCAGGUCCUAUUGGCCCCAAAGGUGAUCAAGGCGAUACGGGUCUUCAAGGUCUGCCAGGUCUAAGUGUGGAGAAAGAGGGACUCAAGGGAGAUCAGGGAUCCCCUGGGUUGCCAGGUCAGACGGGGGCUCUGGGCAAAGAGGGAAAAAGGGGUCGUCGAGGGAAGACGGGGGAACCUGGACCCAGAGGCCUGCCUCCCCCUAAAUACAACUCUGCUGUCUUCAACCAAGAUCUCAGCGAUCACUGCCUCAUUGCCUGCAUCCGUAAUGGGUCCUCGGUGAAAUGA